UCUGUCCCCAGGAUGCAGGACAAUUGGAAACUUUAAUGAAUUAAUAACUAAAAACACCAGAUAUAAAUGGCAAUGAGGCAAAGAUGCUAAUAUAAACAGUUAAAAACUGAGUGAUGGUGUAUCUUUUCUCAAUGGAGAUGUUCAGGAGAGAUAUGCAAACUACCUAUGCUGAUUUUAUUCUGAAAUCCCUGAGCAAAAAUAUCAUGAGACAUACAAAGAAUAGGUUUUCAAAAAGGAAAAACAGUAGCUAGAGAUCUUGUAGCUAUAAUCUGCAGUAUGGAUAAAAGGUCAAGGAUGCUGAUCUUUGUAUUUGUCUUUUUCCAUUAUUAGAUCUGAUUUGCUGUGUUGUCUUGGAUGUGACAAUCUGGUGGUGAUUAUCAUAGUAAUUCACUACUAGUACAGACAUUUUGUGAGAGGUUAAGCAACUAGACUCAUUCCAUACUUGAUCACCAUUAUAAUCACACCAACUACCUCAUUUCUCCUUCAAGCCAACAGAAGGACCAUUAAUCUUCUCCACAAGAUCCACUGUUAUCAAGAACUCAUUUGCUUUUAGUAAUAUUUUAUCUCUUGAGAAGAGGAUUAAGCCAUGGAGUCUGUGUCAAUCCCUUCACUAGUUACUGGCCUUAUUGAUUGCGUAGCCCAGUUAAUAAGAAUAGCGGAGGAGCUGUUGCAUUUUAUCUCACAGGAACAAGCUGCUUUGGCACAACAGAAUGGUAUGGUGGAGGAGGCAGCAGCAGUUGUGCCUCCUCCUGAGGAAGAUUCCUUGCCGGAUCUUGCUGAUCUUUCCGAUUUAGAAUCAAUACUUUCAGUGAAAGGAGACGAAGACCUAAUCCUUGAUAUGGAUGAAGCUAUGAUAGAUGUGAAUGACAUCUAUGAGGAGAUACUCCCCGCAAUAAAGGAUGAUACAGAAAGUGAGUAAGAUUCAGCAUGGGAAGAUCAUCAUUUUUCUAUUUCAAAUACGUUGUUUUUUCUAGGCUUUAGCAAUAAGUGUUUUCUUCUAGUUCUGCAUAGUUUCAUUAUUAAAAACACAUAGAAUAGGUAAGCCUUGAUUUCUUUUUGGCAAAACCAUUUUGUUUCUAAGUUUUAAUUCAAAGGCUGACUUGAGUUAUGUAGUUCUUCCUUUCCUUGUACUAUUAGGAUUCUUCAUAAGAUCAAAUAAUAGCAAAGAAAAGAAUCUUCCUAAGAAUAGAAUGAAGAACUGAUGAACUCUGCCACAUACAAACACCAAUGUCACAUUCUGGCAUAAGUGGAAAUUCUAAGGGUAGUAUUCUCUGGCAGGGUAUUACAGUGACUAUUUUCACAUGGACAGUACAAUGUUGAGACAUUGCAUAUUAAAGAGAGAGAUUUCUAUGGCAGAGUAAGACAAAUAAUUCUGAAAGUGCCACAUCUACCAGACAAUAAAAGUAUGGAAUGGUUUUCCAGAUUUACUGGGGACAAACCUUUGAGAAUUCUGGGGCCAAGAUACUCCAAUGAAAGACUGCUUCCACAAAUGCUGAUGCAUACUGGAACUCUUUGCAAUAUUGUUCUCUGAGGAAACUGAAGCUUGUACCAGAAAUGAAAGAAAGAAGUUCUAGAACGGCAAGACAAGGCCCACAACAGAAAGUCAAAAUCUUAUGUCAUGGCCUGGAGGUUAUGGUCUACAAGGGGAAGUGGACAGUGCAUAUCUUCUUGUGUCUAACUGAGUUUAAGACAGAUAGAAAGCUUAUUGUAGUAGGAUGGCUACAAUAUUAACCUAGCAAUAUUUGUUAUUAAGAGGUAAAAUAUACAAGAUGUGGACUUGUAUUGAGACACAGUAAUCUUCUAUGUGUCAGAAGGGUAAAACACAAUAGUUUAAGGACCCUCAUGCCGAAACAGAGAGCAACUGAGUAAAUAUGCAAGAAAUUCACUGAUUAUACUAACCUAUGGCAUACAAUCCUUUUACUUCCAUGGACAUACAGUAUGGGCUUCUUACCAAUUUAUGUAGAGUCCUAAAGCAUGUCAUAGUUAAAGAGAUUAAUAGGACAUUUAGUACAGAUGAUUUCAGAACUAACAUGACAGAUGCGCAGCAAACAUACAAGUAGAAUAAAUGAAAAUUAUGUUAAAAUGCAGUUACCAGGGUUAGUUACAUAUUAUAGUAGGCAGUAUAGUGUAAACCUAUUGCUACAAUACCUUUUUUAAAUAAAAAAAUUGAAUCUUAUCUUCCCAAUAUAAAAAAGAUUCUAGGUACGCAAGUACAGCCAAAGAAGCAAAUAGGUGAUGCACUGAAAAAUUAACCUAGACAGAUUGGAGAAAGGAUGAAGAAAUAGUGUAAUUUUCUA